UGAGGUGGUGAGGCUCGCAUUCCAGACCAGUGCGACAACCGCCAGUGCGCGGAGAGAGUACGGAACGAGAGGGACGGAUGUCUUGGAUGUUAGGGUUUGGGGAGUUGGGGGAGUUUUGUUUGUUGUUACGUUUAUAAAAUUAACGAGAGAAGUGCUGGGGGAAGGUUGUGUUUACAACUUAACAUUUGUUUAACGAACACAGGUUCAUCAUGGCGCUGAAUCCGGACUCUGAGCAACACAAAGGGAACUUGGUUGUACGAAUAGACGAAGAUUCAGAUUCAGAUCUGCAAGCACUUUUCGACAGCGUCUUAAAACCUGAUUCGAAGAGACCAUUACAAGUGCCAUUACGCAUGCGUAAACUACCAAAUUCUUUCUUUAAUCCUCCGUCCACUGGUUCGAAAUCUCCGUCCGUAUCGUCUAUAUCACACAGUCGUGAAAAUUCAGCGGAUUCUGCUUUCGGCACGGCUUCUGUUGGAGCAGGACCAGGGGGUACAACGACAACGUCAGCAUCUGGCGCCAGUGGGUUACAGGUGAACCACCCGCGGGCCCACAGCUCGCCGGCAUCGCUUCAACAAACUUACGCUUCAGCUCAACAGCAGCAGCAUGGCCACCUCAAACAGAGGAGCUAUGACAUCACACCCGUCGACGAAUUGGGGCCCUUACCACCCGGUUGGGCGCAGGCCAGGACGCCGGAGGGCCAAGUUUACUACCUCAAUCAUAUAACCCGGACCACGACGUGGGAGGACCCGCGUAAAACAUUGGCAGCGCAGGUUACACAAUCACAACAACAGCAACAACAACAACAACAACAACAGCAGCAACAGACGUCAGCAGACCUCAUCAGCAAUGUUGCCGGAUCUCCACACUCCUCCACAUCGCCCCAGCCACAAGGGACCAAGUCAGUCGAUGCAAGUUCCCUAGGACCGCUCCCAGAAGGAUGGGACCAGGCAACCACUCAAGAAGGAGAGGUGUACUUCAUCAACCAUCAGACUAGGACCACGUCAUGGUUUGAUCCCAGAAUACCGACUGCUAUGUGGUCCCGCACCGCCAUUCCGUCCCUCGUGCAGCGCAUGCGCGUUCUCAGACUCUCCGCGAAUCACACUCUGCACCUCCAAAAGUCCCCUGCAGGCUCCUUGUUGCCACAACAAAGCACCAGCUGGAUUCAGCCUCUGUCAGCACAGUCUCAAGUUUGCCAACAGAUCAGGCUCCAGUCAUUACAGAUGGAACGAGAACGGUUAAAACUUCGCCAGCAGGAAAUCAUGAGACAGGGUAUGAUGCUUCGACAGCCAAGUACCACAGAUUUACCACCAGGUCCCAACUCAGCUGGAAUGGAUCCAUUCCUCUCUGGUUUGACAGACCAUUCCCGUCAGGAGUCUGCAGACAGUGGACUGGGCAUGUGCAACAGUUAUUCCCUACCACACACACCCGAGGACUUCCUUGCCAACAUGGAUGACAACAUGGAUGGCGUGAGUGAGGGUGGCAACCCUACAGACAUGGCAGCAUUGGAUGGUCCAGACAUAAGUUCCCUCAGCGAUAACAUCGAUUCGACAGAUGACCUUGUACCCUCUCUGCAGCUCAGUGAGGAGUUCUCGAGCGACAUUCUCGAUGAUGUGCAGUCACUGAUCAACCCGAAUAGCAGACCCGACAAUGUUCUCACGUGGCUGUAAAAUGCCAUGCCCACAGGCAAGAUGACUGUAGCCUGAUCUCUAGAUUGCGCAGUAGGAGUGCUGUUUCCAAUACCUCUGCCUGCUGCUUGGUUACAGUACCAUUAUGACAACACAUUUUUCCUAAUAUGUCACGAAAUGGCCUGCAGAUUUUUUGUAUUAGUGAGUGCUGCUUCUGAAGGGAAAAGAGAUGGAAGCGUUCUUAAACCUGUUAAUGGUUGUGUUUCAUAAUACAUAUGCCUUAGUUAUGAAUUGAACUCGUAAUGAGAUAAAAAGGAGAGAUGAAAUCACUGGAGUCUACUUUCGACAAAUACAGGGAUUCAAAAUAUGCAGGACUCUUCUUCCAUAAGGUUCCCUGCCCUAGGUAUGAUAUACCAUAAAAGAUGUUUUAGGCAAAGAAAGUCAUCAAAUAUGCGCUACCCAUACAAAUCGUUUACCUCAAAGGGUGAAUGAUUUUUGACAUUUGCUGCUUCUCAGACGCAUACUUUGAAUGUUUUGUCGUUUCGGGCACACUGUAGGAUGCAUGGUUUGUUGGAUUGCACAUGGUUCGGACCUUAAGAAUCACACAACUGAAGUCAUAUUGGGUUUUGGUUCCUGUAUAUAAUUGACAAUAAACAAUGGAUAGUGGUUGAACCUUUUUUCAUGUCAUAACAUUACUGUAAGGGUACGUUUACUAAUGGAACAAGUAUCACUGAGAAUAAUAGUAUAUUAAUGGAACUAUAAUUCUUCUGUGGACUUAUUAACAAUUAAUGGAAACUGGAACAGUUGGUAUAAAAAAAAUGCUUCAAUAUCAUUAUUGGCAAUAUGUUAUGAAUGUUUAGUGGUUUUUGUGGAAUGAAACAUGAAUCUGUUAGCAGAGUCAGAACCAGAGACUGGAGAUGAAAAUUUUGUGGUCCUGUCUUGAGAUCUGCGGUCUGGGUCACUGUUUGUUCACUCUUUGACCCUUACUGGCUGUCACACAGUUGCGCCAGUGUCAAUGCUCUGUUCAGGUGGGCAGAAUCAUUUUGUUUUUUUAGUAAUACCAUUACUUCUGGUUUAAAAUAUAGCCACUGACUAUGAAGUACUGACACAUUUAAAAUAACUUUUCCCAUAUGAAGAACUGUUACUCCUGAAUUAAAAAUAUAGCUGUCAGCCCUGUAGAACCUGGAGAUGUAGAGUUAUGGAUGAUAAAGUUGAAAUCAGACGUUCAGGAACACAAGCUUUACUGAUAAAUCUUUAAUUCUCGUGAAAUGUAUUGGUUACCACGAAGUUUAAAGAAAUUGUUAUUUUUUACAUCAUACUUUUAUAGGUAUUGUUUUAUUCAUACGUCAAGUAUUUAGAUGAAAUUUUGAAAUUCAAUGUAUCACUUAGCUCUUCAUACGUGUACAAGACAUGGCACUAAUUAUGUGCAGGUAUGACUUUAUAAGAAAGAGUAUACAGUCAUACCUAUACGUAAUUAGUGCCAUCUCAUGAAGGUAUAUGAAGAGUUCGGUGAAAGAAAAGCUCAGGAUGAGCACCCUUGAAGAAGGGUGCAGAUGAAAGGAACAGAAGUACCGUUAUGCUGUUUGGGACGAACAACCUUUAGAAGGGAGCAGUGUUGCAUCCUGGGAAUCCGGAAGGAAUACUUCUAUGGAAACGCAAUAACAGAGGGUUUGUUGCAUGACAGUGGCCAAGACCAUAGGUUUCCACAUGGUGUGCUAUAUACCGUCUGAGACCUGGUUAUAAAAGUCCAGCUUUAAAGGGACCAGACAGUUGAAUUGAGUGCUAGAAGUUGCCGAUAACAGUUCAGUUUGCAUUUGACUAUAGCAGAAGCAGUAAAAGUGAUAAUUGUACUCACUAGGGUAAAAGUGAGCGUUCAACAAACCCGAGACCUGCGUAAAUUUAUUUGCUGCAUUAUAUAUGCAACACAUGACAAUAUUUUAGGGAAGUGCCCAUUUUGUAAUUUUGAUCUCCAGAUAAAUGAAACUUAAUUCAUGACUGAGUUUAUAAGGCAUGUUAUAAUUUACUUGGAUGAAUACAUUCUUUUGGUUUUGCUGAUGUUAAGUAUGACAAAUGGUAACUUUUCUAUCCUUCAUCUACACUGUAGAAAACUGAAAAUGUAACAGUUUUUUACGGUAAUAUUUGUCAUUUGGGCAGGCUCUAGUAAAAUUUAUGUUCCUGACAUAAUUGGAGCAGUUAUGGUUAUGUGUUGCCAUGGUUGGAAGCACUGAAAGAGGCAUUUGGAAAACAGCAUUAUUAUACCUUCAUAUUAUAUGGGGCUUAAAAAUUGAUACAGGUUUAAUAGAAAUGAAAUGGACACUACAAGAAAAGAGUUUGUGUUUUACAAUAGUGAGUUUUCAGCAGGCAGGGAAGAUCUUUCUGUGUAGAGUUUGCUACCUGCAAUUCAUAUGGCAUUGCUCUGUACAAGCCUAAUAAUAGAAGAUGCAUUCAUGUUCUUGGUGAUACUUAAACAACUGACUAUCAAAGAUUCAUGAUUGGAUUUAAAUGAGUCCUCAGAUUUUCUUCUCUUUGAGAAAUAAGUAACUGAUCCUAGCAGGUUGGAGUCUGAACCUAAAGCAAUAAUUAAACUUCGACUAUGGACCGUAUCUGUCAGUGGGUGGAAAGGAAGGAUUACGAAGUUUGAUUCUAAGCAUUCUUUCCAAAUAAGGAAAGAGGGAUUAAUCUUAACAUGACCUUACAAUAUUUUUAAAACUGGAAGCAAGACCGUCCAUAUUCUUAAGCAAUAUCUAUAUAGUUCUUUUUUGUAUAAUACUUAUUCACUUGAAAGUUACACAUGAAAGUAGAAAAGAGUCUUUAUAUCAUCAUCAACAUCUGGAGAAUAAGAUAUUUUUACACUUAGUUUAUAAAUUUUUAGAUAUUGUACACACAUUGUUUAUAACAUGUAGUUAUGCAAACGUGUUUUAGCUCUUGUGUAACAUUUAUUCUUUUUAUGUAGUGCAGCUGUAAAAGUGACAUAUUCUGUCCUGUACAUCUGUAUGCAGUUACAGUACUUUAAGUCUGGUUGAAAUGUUAUUGUUAAUGAAGUGAUUGAAAUUUCAUCAUAUUUAUGUAACAAGAUAAUAGUGACUAUAUUGGAAUAAUUUUUAUUUGAUUUUGUGUUUUGUCAUUUAGACUCUGUUGAUUAAUUGAAAUGAAAACAUGAAAAUUGUUAUUCUGUAGGCUUUAAGUUACACAUCAACUUACAAUUUAAAGAUGGAGUUUGUACCAGAGUAUUGAAGUCAAGACUUUCCUAAACAUAGCCUUAUCCUCUCUGUUGAAUGCUACAUGUGUUUUAAUGUUAACUACAUUACUGAUUAUAUUUGGUGUUUUAAACUUUUAAGAAAUUGUAAUUACAUUAAGAGAUUUCAAUACCAACUGUUAUUUGGAUUCCCCUUCCAUGAAGGAAUUGUUAUUUUUCAUAUUGGGGUUAAAUUUGCUGUCACAAGAUUUCAGUAUGAAAUUGAAAAAAAAUCUGCGAAAUGAAUUUUUUAUAACCUUAAAAUUGUUACCUUUUAAUUAUGUUUUGAUUCUUCUUGCCACCUUGCUUAAUGUGAGCAUUUAAAGUACAAGUUAUCUUCAUUAGGACCUAUAAUAUUAUAACAGUUGGAAUUCUGUAUCUUCAUUGAAGGAGAGUUGAGCUAAUUUGACAGUUUUUUGUGUUGUUAAUUAUAUUGAAAGUAAAGUUCGCUGUAAAUAAGAACAGUAUUCACAUGGUUUGAAAUUUUUGCUGGAAAUUCUGUAAAUAUUCUGUUCACAAUUUACUUACCUUGAGCUGCACCUGCAGAAAUUAAAGUUGCGAGGAAAGAGAAUUACAUUAUAUAUUGCUGUUGAAAUAUAUAACGAAUUUAUGUUAUUAUAUACACCUUAAAGAGUAAGAUAUAUUGCAUUUUCAGUUCCUGUCUACAAGUACAGGUAUGGACAGAAAA